UAGUAACACAUCCACCAAAAUAAAGCUCAAAUACCAUAUACAUAGAUACAGAUACAAAAUGUCUGAAGUGAAGUUGUUUGGAGCUUGGUUUAGCCCUUAUGUGAAGAGAGUGGAAAUGUCCCUCAAUUUGAAGGGUGUGGAAUAUGAAUAUAUUGAAGAAGAUCUCAAAAACAAAUCACCUCUUUUUUUACAAUACAAUCCAAUUACCAAACUAGUACCUGCUUUAGUCCACAAUGGCAAACCCAUUUUUGAGUCCAGUGUGAUUCUUGAAUACAUCGAUGAGACUUGGGAAGGUCCCUCUAUCUUUCCCAAAGAUCCCUUCGACCGUGCCAUGUCGCGUUUCUGGGCCAAGUUUGUUGAGGAUAAGUGCUCGGAUCUGUUGUGGAAAGCGUGUUGGAGCGCGGGAGAGGAGAGGGAGAAGGCAGCCAAGGAAGCCGAAGAAGGGCUCACGAUUCUAGAGAAUGAAAUUAAGGACAAGAAAUUCUUCGGAGGCGAAAACAUUGGACUGGUAGAUUUGGUUGCCAAUUAUAUUGCACUUUGGAAUCCAAUUCUUCAAGAUGUGGUUGGAUUCCACGUUUUGACACAAGAUAAGUUUCCUAAUAUAAGCAAAUGGGCUGAUGAAUUUUGUAACGAUAGCUUUGUUGAGAAAUAUAUGCCUGAGAAGGAGAAAGUGAGGUUGUGGUUGAAGAGGGCUGUUGAGACUGGCAGUCUAUACUAAGAGUGAUCUGAAUAUUGCAGUGUGUCUACCGUUUAUUUAUAGAAGAUAGUAUUUUCCAUGUAUGGUUGUGUUCGAAUAAGACAUUGUGUAAUGACAAAGUUUGGUAUUUGUUGGAGAGCA